AUGGAAUCUGUCGGCUGUGCCUGUUCCGAAUCGGAGUGCCCGGAUUUCGGACCGGAGUUGCGGGCGGGCUGCUGAGCUGGUUCCGCGCUGCCGAGGAUGGGCCGGGAGUGCGGGACUCAGGGAGAAGGUGCCGGACAGAAACUGGAGCAGAAUUUACUUUUUAUGGCUGAAAACAAAAUAGAGAGUAUGAUGCUUGGAUCCUUUUAACAAAACACCAGGGAGGAGAUAGAAGUCCCCCACUUAGUCAAGGAGAUGAUCUAAGAUGCAGCACACGACGUGCACUGAGGACAGGAUCCACCACGCAUUGGAAAGGUGCCUCCAUGGCCUCAGCAAAAAUACCACCUCUGCUAAUACUUGGACAGCUGGGCUUUGUCUGAAUUGCUGGAGCCUCCAGGAGCUGGUUAGCCGUGAUGCAGGGAACUACCUCAUCCUUCUGGAGAAAAUCCUGCAAAAGACCCAAGAGGUCCAAGAGAAAUGCGACUAUGACCUGCUCACUCCGCUGGCCCUGCUCUUCAGUUCAGCUGUCCUGUGUACUUCACAUUUCCCUUCCAAUUCCGACCUGCUUUGGAGAGCCAGGAAAACCUAUCGUGGUUUCCUUACUUGGCCUGUGCCAUACUGUGAUAUUUGCCGGGAAUUACUGACCUUUAUCGACAGUGAAAUCAAAGCUCCAGGGAUUUCCUAUCAAAGGCUGGUGAGGGCGGAGCAUGGUUUGUCUGCAAAGAGCUCAGAGAGCUCUAUUGUAACAGUCCUGUUACUGAACCCUUCUGAAGUUCAUGGCGAGUUUCUGUCAGUUGCUGAAAGGCUUAGCGCCGCAGAGCACUCCCAGCACAGGCUACUGGUUACUCUCCUUGAGCACAUCUACCAAGCUAACUUUGGGGCCAAGUGUGAUUUGGGGAGACUCCAUCAAAUUCUGAAGCUAAAGCCUGAGGAAGAACUCAUGGAGAUAUUUGCCAGCACCACGGAAGCCCAGGAGUUGGCGGCUGUGUGCAGUGAUGACCCUGCCGCAGCCAGGGAGCAGCUGGAAUCUGCUCUGCAGGAGAUUGCAAAGGCUGCAGGGAUGUCUGGAAUCCUAGGAGAUGCCCAGACACAUAAGCUCCACCUUAUUCCUCUCCCUGCCUCUCGCUGUUAUACCUACACUUGGGAUCAGGAUAAUUUUGACAUCUUGAAUGAGGUGCUAGACAAGGAGUGUGACUACCCCAAGCCAACAGUUCUGGAAGAUGAUGAAGAAGAGGAAAUUGAUGGCUGUUUUUCCCAAAAUGGUUCUUUGUUGUCUCCCCUGAUAUCAAUCUCCAAAGAGUCUGUGUAUUCAGUCUUGUCCGGGGAUGGUUCACGGGACUCGCAAGUGUCUAUCUCUGCUAUUUCCAAGGAUGCCAACUCUGAGCUCUCAUUGGCCUCUACAAAGUCCUUGAAAUCUUUUGUCUCCAGCUUGAAGGACUGCAUGGACAGUGGUUAUGUGGAGGACAGUGAUGAGAGUUCUCUUGAAUCCAUGGGGCGUUUGGAUCCAAAGGAGGAGAAGGCAUCACCCAGGCGGAGACACCGGUUAACCAACAGGAUAUACAAGUUGAUCAAGACCAAAAGCCAACAGUUCCUGGGCAAAGAGCUGAGAGACGUUUCUGAGGUGGCUUCAUUGUCACUGCCACUUCGCCGAGCAGAGAGCCUCUGCAACCCUGUGGCCAAGCACCAUAUUCCUAUGCGCUCCCGGAGGGCACAGUCACUGCCCCAACAUGUACUGAGCUCAGCCCUUUUACAACACCGUGUCCCAGAAAAUGUCUGUGUCCAACGUAGGCCCUUUCUGAGCUGCGAUGAGGAUGCUAAAAUCUCAACGCUGCGUGUUGUUGUGUUUGGCUCUGACCGCAUCUCAGGGAAAGUAGCUCGGGCUUAUAGCAACCUUAAAUCUCAAGAAAGAAGCUGCCCAUGGCUGACUCGGCACUUCAAACUGCAGUUUUUCUAUGUCCCUGUAAAGAGGAGCGGACCUACCUCAUCCUCACUGACUUGCCCUCCUCCCUCUCCAGGAUACCCUCAGUGCCGCACUGCAGGAUCUGUGGAUCCUGGCUUGGCAGCAAUGGACAGCAGCACAAACAAUAUCUCCCAAUAUAUAGGAAUGCUGGAUCCAUGGUACGAACGCAAUGUUCUUGGGCUAAUGAACCUCCCCACAGAUGUCCUGUGCCAGCAGUCCAUCAAGCCCGAGAGUGAACUCCUAGAGGAAGCAGCAGAACAGCUCCCCAUCCUUGCAGACAUGAUACUUUACUACUGUCGCUUUGCCACCUACCCUGUGCUGCUACAGGUCUACCAGGCAGAGCUCACGUUCAUUGGCGGAGAGACAAGGACUGAGAUCUUUAUCCACUCUCUAGAGAUGGGUCACUCAGCAGCCACAAGGGCCAUCAAGGCUUCAGGUCCAGGUAGCAAGCGGCUAGGCAUUGAUGGAGACCGAGAAGCAAUCCCACUAACACUACAGAUCGCCUACAGCAAGAGAACAGUCAGUGGAAGGAACCACUGGAACGACAUGGAGAAAGUCUGCACGUCCAUCAACCUCAGCAAGGCUUGUAACAGGCAAGAAGAGCUUGAUUCGAAAACAGAAUGCUUGACACUCACUGCGACAGAAGUAAUCAAGAGGCAAAGCUCCAAGUCCAAGAAGAGCUUCAAUCAGCAAAUCAGUGUGUCUCAGAUAAAAGUGGACAAGACCCAGAUCACGGGGGUCAACUGUUCCUUUGCUGUGUGCCUGGACCAGGAUGAGCGGAAAAUUCUGCAGAGUGUCACCAGGUGUGAAAUCUCCGCAUGCUACAAACCCAAGGCCAGUGAGCUGUGCUUUAGAGGAAAGCCCGCUUCUCUUCUUCCUACCGAAGAAUCCUCUGAUUUCUGCUCUCUUCUAUGCUUGCCUAUUGCCACUUUUAGUGGGGCGCAACCCUAGGGGAGGCAGCAAGGGUGAACUGAAUGACCUGCUUUCAUCUCCCAAUGCUGUUUGGCAUUGCUGCCAGGCACCCUGUGAGCAAGCAGAAGUUGCCAGCCUUUCUGUGCAAGGCGAAAAUAUGGUGCCAUUUCCAGGGCUAGAAGAUUCAGCUGCAGCCGGCCCAUGGCAGGCUGACUCUCCUGAGAUCUGAGGGGGAAAGCACUUUUUGUUCCUGGGACUGGAGUACUUCUGUAGAAACAAUAAUGGGGUCUCAUUUUAAGAAAGUAAGAGCUGAAUAGGAAUUUUGUGCCUAUGGUUGUUCUGCAACGUGCAAUUGCCAGUGCCUUUUGCAUCCUGACUGACUCAAGUAAAAUCACUUGAUGGCCAAGUUUUGGGAACUGGAGUUGAGAAGCAGAAUGUGUGGCCACAAGCUUCUUACCAGUUACCUGCUGAAAUGCACUGAAUUGGACUAAAGGACAGAUUGGGAGUGAGGAAUGAAAACUUAUCUAAAGGCACUCAAUGAAAUGGCAUUUAUAUGUCAAAAACAAGCCAAAAUGUUUCUCAGGAUAGAAAAGACAGGAAUGGAAAACACUAUUGCCACGAGCCCACUCAGGUUGCAGGGUGCUCUGUCCCUCUGGCAAGGGGGUCCCUAUACAAACACAGUACGUAGCACAUUCUAUGCAUCUGGAUUUCACGGUAUGUGUUGAAUGUGAUUGAUUCUUGGCGGCAGGUGCUUUCAUUGCACAGUUUACACUGCUUUGUUAGGUUGUCAUGGCUAGAGGAUGUCUAAGACAGAAUGCUUUGGCAUGGAUCUGGUCAAGGCAAAUCUAGCACUUUGCUUUGUGGAUUAAAUAUAUAAACAAACAACCUUUGCAGCUCCCUCCAUUACAUAGGUGUAAGCUGGACCUAAACGCAGUCUCUCAUCCUUGCCACUGCUUCUGAGUAGUAGCCUCCAGAUGACGAACAAGCCCCACAUCCGGUGGAAAGGGGCAAAUCCUGGACAAAUUCAGCAGCCACAGGACUGAUUACGAUUCAGUUAUGGCACUCUCUUUCUGUGGUUGUAUUUGCUUAUGCUGGGUUCAUACCAACACUCGUGUGUCACUGGGGCGAUGUUAGCACUGGGGAAUCUGGUGUGUUGCAGGCACUUGUGGCUGCCGGACAGAACAGCGUAGAGAGAUCCAUAACAAGACAAUCAAAGUCUGGGAAGGAACAGCAGCCGCGGGUAUGAUGCAGAACUGCAUAAAGACUGUCUUUAUAGUUCCUCUAGCUCCAUAGUUCCGGACAAAUGAGACCUUUUUUAAAAUUCCUUUUUUAAAAAAAUUAGGAAAGCGAUGUGAAGGGGGAGGAGUUUGUAACUCUUUCUUCCUACUCUGGUCCCCUGAUGAAAACAGUCCUCCUCCCAACAAGCUGUAUUUAGUUUUUCAGGGGAGGUGGGAAGGCUAUAUCAUUUAUGUUUUUCUGGAAUAACAUAAAUUAUACCCAAUUGAAAAAUGCCAAGUAGCACUGAGGCCUUUUAAAGAUAGCCACUGUAUCUGAAUAAAGGCGUUUCAAGUGUAUGUUAUUCCUAGUAAACUAUACUGUACUUUUAUUUCUUUUUAAAAAGAGGGAACAAGCAUCUCAGGGAAAUUGGGGGUGACUUCAAGACUGUGUUGAAUGUGUAUGUAUAUGUUUGGUGGCUGGGGAGUGUCUGUGCCCAGUGAAGGAAAGUCCCACCAUACCAAAACUUUCUAGUUUACAGAAUGUGUCCGUCUUUUCACUUCAUGUCUUAUUCUGCAGGUGGUUAACUUGGUGAGAAAGCGCAUACGUCCUUUUUACUCAGGUAGUAAAAUCGGUUCCUCUUGAAAGGCAAAGGGAAAUUUCAAAAGUUUUAGGAAGAUCUAGGGCAGGAAGGGGGAAGUUGGAAGCAGUGCAAGUUACUACAAAGAUUACUCAGCUCAGUUAUCAGGAAACUGUGGCAUCAGGAACUAGGGAACAAUGAUAAGUCUUAAAUUCUUCUUGGAAAAUUGCCUCGGAGGCUUGAAUUUCAUACCACAGGCACCGUAAGUGAUACAACAGUGUUGAAUUUUCUAUGCAGAAAAAAAUCCUGCAGACUUUGUUACUUGGCAAAAAGAACUGUUUGCCUCUGGUUAGAGUCAAAAAUCUAAUACUUUACUAUCUCAAGAUUCCCUUUGGACCUGAUACACCCUACUUUGCAUAGGAGCCACUGUGAUUUUAAAUAGCCAUUGUCUUUUGAAAGGGGAAAGAGAGAGCACACUCUCUUUAUUUUGCACAUCUAACUCCAUGCAAAAAGGUUCUGAUUGUAACUGAGAAAUUUUGUGUGUCUUGAGCCUCUCUCACCAAAUGCAAAAGCUGCCUGGCAGAAUUAAGUUGUACAUAAGCAACUGUAUAAAUGCCUGCGUCUUAAUUUUGUAAAAUA